ACUCGCUGGUUGCCAUUAGUGGCGCUAGACGUCCUCAUCCUGAAUGAACGUCAUUCUAAAUGGAUUGGACGUCUUGCGCCGUCGAUGGCACUGAAAGAUGAGCAUUCACUGCCAAUUCUCCUUGCUUGAAAAACUGGACGUGGUUAAUUAUGUAUUGACGUUCCAUCAUGUUGCAAAUGAAAAAGACGGAUGGAUUGAUGGAAAAGAAAAAGGCAAAGGCGGGCUUAUUUUUGACAGCGACUAUUUGAUUGGCGCCCUGAAACGAUAUCCCUCGCGAUUGGUUGUGGUAAGGUUGUCGUCGAUGAUUGGUGGAUGGACAGGCGUUGCGGCUGGCGGGUGCCUCGAAAUUUCAAAAGCGGUUUAGGCUCAAAGCCUGAAAAAUUGCUCGCCUCGCGGUCGACGGCGCCAUGGCGGAGAGCAGAGACUGCGGCGGACAGAGGCAGGGCUUUCGGAAAACCUCCAGAGGUCGGGUGAAACUUGAAAAAGUUCUGGGCGUGAGCACGAGCAGCAGCGGCGCCCUGGCGUCCGACCCCAACUCUGGCCUGGUGGCCUAUCCCGCAGGGUGCGUGGUGGUGCUGCUCCAUCCGCAGCUCAAAACGCAACGUCACAUCAUCAACACGUCCCGAAAACCUUUCAGUGCUUUGGCGUUCUCUGGCGACGGGAAACAUCUGGUCACGGGAGAGAGCGGUCACCUGCCACGCGUGCGCGUGUGGCAGGUGGACGGCGGCGCGGAGACGACCGGCGUCCAGAAUCACAAGUUCGCCGUCUCCUGCGUGGCCUUCUCCCCCGACGGCGCUUACGUGGUCUCCGUGGGUUCCGCGAACGACGCGACCGUGUGCGUCUGGGACUGGCGGAGGGGCUCCAUCCUGGCGUCCAAUAAAGUGUCCAGCGACGUGUCGGCAGUCUCCUUCUCUGAAGACGGCGGCUACUUUGUCACCGCCGGGAAAAGGCACGUCAAAUUCUGGUACCUGGACAUCUCCGAGGAGCGGCGGGUCAACGGCACCGUGCCGUUGAUGGGUCGCUCGGGCCUGCUGGGCGAGCGGCACGAGGACAUCUUCUGCGGGGUGGCGUGCGGCCGCGGCCCGACGGCCUCCUCCACCUACGCCGUUACGGAGACGGCCCUUCUGUGUCGCUUUGACGCCGAGCGACGUCUGGAAGCCCGAGUGCGCCUGGAGGCCGCGUGCGCUCGCAGCUUGGCCGCCGCCGCCGACUUUGUCUUCUGCGGCUGCUCCGACGGGGCGGUACACGUCUUGGAUCCGGUGGACCUGCGCUACCUCGCCACUUUGCCCUGCCCGCACCAUCUGGGGGCGGAGCUCACAUCGCACAGGCAUCUGGACGGCGGGCGGCGCGGCCCGUAUCCUGACGCGGCGGCACUGACCUUUGACCCCGCCGCCCGCCACCUGACGUGCGUGUACUCGGACCGCAGCGUUUACGUUUGGGACGUGAGCCGGCCCCGGUCGGCCGCCGCGGUCUACUCGGCCGUCUACCACGCCGCCGCCGUCUGGAACGUUCAGGUCUGUCCGUCGCCGUCGUCCUCCUUUCUCACGUGUUCGUCAGACGGCACUGUCAGGCAGUGGCUCCCCGACCUCUGCGGGAAGGACCUGCUGCGGAGCUUCCGCGCGGCGGAUGAUCGCUCGCGUCCGCAGGCGGCGCGACCGGAGCUCCGAGCGCUGGCCGUGAGUCCCGACGGGCGGCGGCUGGCCACCGGAGACCGCUGCGGAAUCCUGCGUAUCUAUGACUGGGAAUUCCUGGAGGAGCUGGUCAAAAUUGAGGCUCACGACUCGGAGAUUUUGGCUUUGGAGUUUUCGCCGAUGUGCGCGGGUGAGAUCAGGACCUUUUUUUUUUUUUCUUUUUUUUCCCCCCCAGUCUUCGCCGAGCUCAAUUUAUUUGUUUUUUGGUCAGGCGCGAAUUUGCUGGCCAGCGCCGGCAGGGACCGUCUCAUCCGCGUCUUCAACGCGGACGCGGGCUACCGGUUGGAGCAGACCCUGGGCGACCACUCGGCGGCCGUGCUGGCCGUCAAGAUCGCAGGUGACGGCACGAGCCUUCGCAUGGUGAGCUGCGGGACCGACAAGAGCGUCUACUUCUACUCGUGGGAGCGGACGGGGCGGGCCGGGUCCUUUCGCAGGACGCGGCACUUGGUGGAGAAGACGGCGCCGCACGACAUGGACCUGGCGGCGUCCGGGACUCACGUCGCCGUCGCCUGUCAGGACAGAAUGGUCCGGGUAUACGACGUGAAGACGGGAAAGCUGAGCAAAUGUUUGAAAGACACGAGCGGCUGCGAAGGAGCGCCGCUGAAGGUCCACGCGGAUCCGUCCGGUUCCUUGCUGGCCACCGGCUGUUCCGACAAGAACGUCCACAUUUUUGAGUACCGGUCCGGAGAGCGCCUCGCCACCCUAGCGGGACAUUCAGAGCCGGUGACCGCCUUGAGGUUCGGCGAGGACCGCCGCUACCUGACGAGCGCGUCGGGAGACGGGUGCGUGUUGGUGUGGCGGCUGGACCCUCGCGCCCCCGCCGCCCUCUCGACCGAGGAGCUCGCCCGGGAGAAGAGCGCCGUCGUCAGGCGGGAAACCUUCAUCGUCGGGCCGGCUCCCCGGACGCCGGAGCUCCCGUCGUCGUCGUCGUCCCUGCUGGAGCCCGAAGGUGAAGGACCUCCCUCCAUACGCACCAACGGGAAGAUGCCCGCCUGGUUCCGAAAACUGCAGGGAGAGCCGUUGACCUCUACCUACGUCCCGCCGGAAGCGGAAAGCGCUCCGGUUCGGAAUCGCUGGUUGGAAAACAGUCCUCUGGUGGUAUUGCCUGCGCCCGCAAAUAAUGUCGACGACGACGACGACGAUGACUUCUAUCCGCAGACUCUGGAAGGGCUCCUUACGGAAGACGAAGACCAGGAGCUUGAGAGUGCGGCGAGAGACGGCGACGAACGGACCGCGGCGGAGGAUGUCGACGGGGAUGCGCCGGUCGGGACGAGCCCGGACUCGUUCCGCGCGGACGGGGCGGAGGCGGACGCGGGCCAAGAUUUCCUUCUCCGACCGCCGCUCGCCGUCUGCCGGCGCUUCCUGUCGCGUUACGGACAUCGUCUCAGGUGAGCCGAGCCGGAGAGAGUGUCCGAGGCCUCCGUCCUACUGAACAACUGGAUGUUUUGUUUUGUUUUUUCCCCACCAAUAAAGACUCCGGUCCAAGCAUUGUCUGCGCACAUUUUGUCAGGCGGCUUCCGUCGAGCCCCCCCCCAAGAAAUCAGCAUCCAUUCAAAGGCCGCCCGCCAUGAAUGACAUCGGCGGCGAUGAUGUUACUUGUUGACUUUGGUGCUAACGAGCCCCUCGGGGAGAGCGUCUGACCUCUGUUGUAAGAACAUUCCCAACUUAAAUCGGCAAUAGCAAAUCCACCGACGAUCAAAUGAAUGUUUUGAUUGUAGCACAUGAUGUGCGUGUGCGUCGGAGGCAACGAGUUGAGCCGGUUCCCCUCGGGAACACGUUAGGUCCGCGGGUGACUGAUGUAGAGCGGGCGAGCGGGCGGGCCGGCCUCUGCUCGUUUUCCACAGGCUUCUCGCGGGGUCUUAAAGUCUUAAAAGCAUUGGAUUUAUGAAUUUGGAAAUAAUACCUUAAAAAGUAUUGAAUUUUCAUAUCUGGUCUUAAAAUUCAUGAUGUGUGCAACUUCU